GCACUUAUCGAUAACCACCUGUGGUCUUUGUUUACGUUUUUUCAUGGCCGAAAAGAAAGUUGGCUUGAAAGCUCGCCAUGGCCCAAAUCAAAGGUUAAAAUUGCUGGGGAUAGUCACCUUUCACCGUCUAAGUAUCAAAGUCCAUGAGUUUAUCCACCCGCGCUGUAUUGGCCACUUGCGGCGUCUUUUUGGGCUGCUGCAGUGGCGUUGUUUUCCUGGAGCUCCUAGUUAAACUGGAUCCCGGCGCUGGAAACCUGAUAACUGCCGCCCAGUUUGCAUUUAUUGCCCUGGAGGGCUUUGUCUUCACCUCGAGGUUUGGAUUGGCCAAGCGGGUGAUCAGUCUGCGCGACUAUGCGCUCCUGGUGGCCAUGUUCUUCCUGACCAGCGUGUGCAACAACUAUGUGUUCGAGUUCAAUGUCCCGAUGACGCUGCACAUGAUCAUCCGCGGAGGCUCCCUCAUAUCAAACAUGUGCCUGGGCACGUUGAUCCUGAAGAGAAGCUACCGGCUGAGUCAGUACAUAUCGGUGGUCAUGAUCAGCGUGGGCAUUUUCAUCUGCACGUAUUUUUCCAGCCCGGAUUUAGGUGCUGAGGAGGAUCUUGAUAGCCCUGCCAAGGCGGAUGUAUUCUGGUGGCUAGUAGGCGUGCUCCUGCUGGUGCUGGCUCUAUUUGUAUCAUCCUACAUGGGCGUUACCCAGGAAUUGCUGUACCGACGUCAUGGCAAGUGUGCCAGGGAAGCUUUGUAUUACACCCAUUUGCUGCCACUGCCCGCCUUUCUGCUGAUGCAGGAUAACAUACGGACGCACUGGCUCCUGGCCUUCGCAGGGGAGUCCUACCAGUUGCCUCUUCUGGGCGUGGCAGUGCCCCUAAUCCUACUAUAUUUAAUAGGAAACGUGCUAGCUCAGCAUCUGUGCAUCAAUUCUGUUUACACUCUGACCACAGAAUGCAGCUCACUGACGGUUACUUUGAUCUUAACACUCCGCAAGUUCAUCUCGCUGGUCUUUUCGAUCAUAUACUUCCGGAAUCCCUUCACCUUGUACCACUGGCUUGGUACAGUGCUAGUCUUUGUGGGUACCUUAAUGUUUGCAAAUGUGAUCAGAGUUCCCAAACGAACUCAAGCUGUGAAACAGGACUAGACAAAUUUUGUGACGAACAAUGUUUGAAUUCCAUUUACAUUUACAUUUAAGUACAAAUUAAAAUUACAAGACUCUCAUAAUUGUUAUGAAAAGAAGGCAUACAUUAAAAGUAAUGAAAAACGUGA